ACAAGCAAGCACAGGAUAAAAUCCGUCAUGACCUCCGCUACAAAAUCCAAGGUGCAGCGGUGGCGUCCAAGGUCAGGUCCCGUGAGACAUCCCUCUCCUCUCCGGCUCUGUGCCGGCCGGCCUCUCGACUCCGGCCCCACGAUGCAUCCCCAACUCUGCGCAUCGUGUCGUCCACGAGCCGCAGGCAAUACCUUUCAAUUGGCAGGGGUGGGCAUAUCGAGGCCCUCCGUGAACUUUUUUGACCAUGUUUGGUGACCUAUUAGUGCCACCUCCGAUACCGUUGCCAAAUGCUAUAAUAGCUCCUCCCCCAGCUUCGAACUUCACUUCCAAUUUCUCUAGGACAUCUUAUCUCACUUUCCUCUCUCACAAACACAGGAUACCCAGAGGAAAUUUCAACUUAAUUCAGAGAUUUUUGCAAGCUUCACAAUGCCUUCCUUCGUCGAGUCCCCCGUUCGCACGGAGAUUCCUGGCCCUGUAUCCAAGGCCAGCUCCAAGCGUCUGGAUGCCAUUUUCGACGCCCGUGCCGUUCACUUCGUUGUCGACUACGACAAGUCUCACGAUAAUUACAUUGUCGAUGUUGAUGGCAACAAGUACCUCGAUGUCUACGCCCAGAUUGCUUCCAUCCCUGUGGGAUACAACAACGACACUCUGAUCGAAGCUGCCAAGUCCCCCGAAAUGAUCUCCGCUCUCGUCAACCGUCCUGCGAUUGGCAACUUUCCUUCCGACCAAUGGGUCGAUAUUCUCCGUAAUGGCCUUAUGAAGGUCGCCCCCAAGGGCCUCAGCUACAUCUUCACUGCUCAGUCUGGAUCUGAGGCCAACGAGCUUGCCUACAAGGCUGCUUUCAUGCUCUACAGUCGUCGCAAGCGUGGUAACGCUGACUGGAAUGAGGAGGAGAUCAACUCCUGCCUUGAGAACUCCAAACCUGGCUCUCCUGAACUCGCCAUCAUGAGUUUCAAGAACUCUUUCCACGGCCGUGGUUUCGGCUCCCUCUCUACCACCCGCUCCAAGGCUGUUCACAAGCUCGAUAUCCCUAGCUUCAACUGGCCCCAGGCCCCCUUUCCUGCUCUCAAGUACCCUCUUGAGGAGCAUGUCGAGGAGAACGCGGCCGAGGAGAAGCGAUGCCUUGAAGAAGUUGAGCGCAUCAUGACCACAUGGCAUUGCCCCGUUGCCGGUCUCAUUGUUGAGCCCAUUCAGUCCGAGGGUGGUGACAACCACGCCUCCCCGGCUUUCUUCCAGGGUCUCCGUGACAUUACCAAGAAGCACGGAUCCGUUCUCAUUGCCGACGAGGUACAGACCGGUUUCGGCGCCACUGGUUCCUUCUGGGGACAUGAUCACUGGAACCUGACCUCUCCACCAGACAUGGUCACCUUCUCCAAGAAGGCGCAGACUGCUGGAUACUUCUUUGGCAACGAGAUGCUCAUCCCUGAUAAGGCUUACCGUCAGUUCAACACCUGGAUCGGCGACCCUGCCCGUGUCAUCAUGUGCAAGGCUGUCAUUCAGGAGAUUCUUGACAAGAAGCUUGUUGAGCAGACAGCCCGCGUGGGUACUCACCUUUAUGCCGAGCUUGCACGCCUUGCUGCCAAAUACCCUGAUCACAUCCAGAACCUCCGUGGAAAAGACCAGGGCACUUUCAUUGCUUUCGAUACCAAGGACCCUGCUGGUCUCGUUCGCUCCAUGCGCCAUAUUGGUGUGAACAUUGGAACGUGCGGCAAGAACACCGUCCGCCUCCGACCUAUGCUCAUUUUCCAAGAGGAGCACAUUCCUAUCCUCAUCAAUGCCUUUGAUAAGGUUAUUGCUGCUCUGUGAGCUGAAUUCAGCAGGAACAUUGAAAUGGGGUUGGGUUUCUACGCAUCAUGCCUUCUACUAGCGCUGCAUUGAUUAUUGUUUACAUUUGUCAAAACGGUUUUUCUUAGGAUCCGGGGGGAAAGAAAAAAAGAUAUCAUACUGGUAAUACACUAGAUGUGCAAACAGAUAGGUUUCUUUCCAAACGGAAAUGGAUCACACAGGGCGUUUACCAAGGUUACUGGAACUUCAAAAGAAUUACGACUACUUCAACAGGGGCCUUUGGCCGCAUUAACCAUGAAAAAAAAAAAGUGAUGUAAAAAAACGGAAAUGUUACACUAUAGUCUCUUGAAGAUACAACAAGGCCUGUUGAAUUGAGAACCUAACUUCUCGAAGCCACCAAAAGACCAGGCCCGGUUUACAACCAUAUAGAGGAUCGUGUGAACGUCAGAUAGAGGAGGUCGUAACCCUGAGGUGAGCCAUUGGGCCAUAACGAGCUGCAGUCUGUUGCAUAUCUCACGUCACCUUGAAUACCGACCUUAACCGAUAUACCACGCGUCUCUCGGCGAGCUCUAUAUCUUUCAUUUCUGAUUCUCUGUGUGUCGUCCCUUUGGAUAACACCCGCCAAGUGGCGAGGUGACCUGUCACAUGGGAUACGCUUAGACGAAUGGUAUUGACACCGCCAUGUAAUUCGGCAAUAGUUGAGAAAAUUUGGCCAGAGCUUUGGAAGUUCUGGGGCCAACUUCACUGGAGAAUUUUCAGGGUUAUGAUGUUUACUGUGAUUUCACCGCAUUCUUUGGCACCUAACACCUGCCAUCAUCUUGCUCAGUUUUAACGACAUGAUGGCCGCUGGGUAAUUGACACUGGCUCAGUCUCGCUCUAGGAUCAUCCAGAAUUCUCCUCAGUGGACCAGGUGUGUUACUGCAGCAUGUCACCGGACCAGGGAUGAAUUGUUCAGAUGCAUGUGGUGGCUUGCAGUAAUAGGUAACAGAAGUAUGUAUAGUUGCAGUCAUGAAAGCGGUAGUUCGGUGGUUGCAUACAAGCACCAGAGUGAUCGGGAAAGUCCGAUACUCGAUACUGAAGCAGUGAGAAGACCUUCAUGUCGGUUUAUGCCGGCUGAGGGAGAGCUUCGACCAAGUGUUGGGAGGCUGGUAAUGCAAGAUGCAAUCUCAAGAUCCAAGUUUCUUUUUCUCAGCCCCAGCCAUUGAUCCUUCGAGAGAGUCACCAUAACGACUCAUUGGUUGUAGGAUCUUCUGGCUUGGAAUCAGGCCUGCUAUUCGCAAUAGGAGCUGGUCUCUACAUGGGUAGCUCUGCAGGUCCGAGGUAGCCGCAAAAAGGGAGGCGAGGAAUAUACAGUAGAUCAUUUAUGCGAGCCAUUAGCAGGCGCAGCCAUUCCCGUUGAAAAAGGCCAAUUGUGACAAUAUUACUUACA